UAGUACAGAAUGACAGCUGAAUGGUGGUGAAUAGUUGAAUUGGUUCUGGGAUGAAAGCGAAUAAAUAUCAUCGAUGAUUUGCAAUUUUUGAAAGAAAGUCGAAGAAAAAUUAGGCACAUUUUACUUGAAUGAACAACGAAACAAAAGAAAAAUAUAAACAAAAUUCCUUGUUCUGAACAUUUCGUCGUUCAUUUCACUCCAAAUAGUUAUUCGCUGCACAUUGAUUCAGAUUAUUUGGACGAGAGUGUUUUUUAUUUCGUGUUUUAAAUAGAAAGAGAUAAAAUGGCUGGUCCUAUAUUCGGAAAUAACAGUUCGUUGCCGGGUUCAUCAGGCGGCAAUCGUCACUUGGUGGAAUUCCGUGCUGGUCGUAUGUCCAUGGUCGGCAAAAUGGUUCAUCCUGAUACACGCAAAGGUUUGCUGUAUGUGUACCAAGCUGAUGAUGGUCUUAUUCAUUUUUGCUGGAAAAAUCGUACGACAAAUAAAGUCGAAGAUGAUCUGAUCAUUUUCCCGGACGAUUGUGAAUUCAAACGUGUCGAACAGUGCAAAACUGGCCGUGUCUAUUUGCUGAAAUUUAAAUCAACAUCGGCCCGAUUGUUCUUCUGGAUGCAAGAACCAAAACCGGACAAAGACGAAGAAUGGUGUCGUCGCAUCAAUGAAGUCAUGAAUAAUCCGCCCUCGGUCAACAGCCUAUCGACCAAUCGUAGCGGCGGUAAUAGUAGCAACGAUGGAAAUGACCUAUCGUAUAUGCUGAAUAACAUGUCACAACAACAAUUGUUGCAAUUGUUUGGUGGUGUUGGCCAAAUGGGUGGUCUCAGUAAUAUUCUAGGCUCAAUAAACCGUUCGUCCGAUAGCUCGACACCACGAUCAGGAAAUCAAGGGAAUCGUACCUCCAGCUCCACUGCUGCCAGUACAAAUUCACCAACUACUCCAGCCACAUCAACAUUGGCCUCGAAUGUACCUCAAGCGCCGAAGAAGACAACAACCGCCUCGAGUCGACGAAAUGGUCAGGAAGAGAGUGAAGGUGGCACUACUGCUUCAGGUACUGGUCAAAAGGUGCUUUUGUCGGAUCUGCAAAAUUUCCUGUCCGGUUUGCAAGGAAGUGGCGGCGAUGGAACUGCUGCCAGUGGCCGAUCCAUCGAUUUAGCUAGUGCGAUCAAUUCCGAAGCUCUUGAUAAAAUCACUUCAAGCGAAGCUGAACGAACUAGACUAGUUGCGCAUUUACCAACCGUUGAAUCGUCGGACAAUGCCAAAACUCAAUUGAAAGAAACAAUUCAAUCGCCGCAAUUCCAACAAGCUUUGUCAUCAUUUUCGACAGCUUUGCAGUCCGGCCAACUCGGUCCAGUCGUAUCGCAAUUCCAAUUGAAUCCCGAAGCGAUUGCUGCAGCGAAUACCGGUGACUUGGAGCAAUUUGUCAAAGCACUCGAGAAAAGCAGCUCAAAUGCCAAAAAUGCGGAAAAGAAAGAGAAAUCCGAUGAAUCCAAACAAGAUACACCAAUGGAAGAAGAUAAAAAUGCUUAAAAACGUCAAAUGUACGCGCUCGCGGUGAAAUGUCAACGAAAAUGAAUCCAAGCGCUAUAUAAUCAUAAUAACUUUUUUUUUCAAACAAUCCAAUCAUUCAUAUUACGUUCCCUUAAUAUUUUUUUGUUUUCCCAAGCUCUCAAUCGAAAUGAUUUCAGCACAAAAAAAAAUCACCCAUUAAAAAAAUUAUGGAAAUGAAAGGCUUGAAUUGUAUAUGUUCGCUUUAUUAUUUGUUUUUCAUUUAUGCAACUGCAAUAUUUCGAUUACUUUAACAUAAGUUUGAGCAAAAAAUUAGUUCAACCAAAAUUGUUCCCUUCAUUAGUUCGUGUGACAUAUGCCCAGUUCUGCUAACAACGGGAAUCAUUCACUUUUUCGAGUUUUUUUUUCGUUCAUGGCAAAAAUAACAACCGUUUCUCCGUACAAUAAGAUACAUUUAGUCGCAGUGCCAGCAAAUUCUGGCCAAUCGUAUAAUCACUUAUAAAGAAAUUGUACCAAAAGAAAAAGGAAAAAAAAACAACUAAUGUGAGAAAAAUAUAUAAUACGAAUUUGUUUUGCUCAGAUUGUAAUCAGAAAUAAAUAUUGACGAACUUUAAAAAAAAGAAAGAAA